AUUUGUAUGACCAGCAGAUUUUUUAGUGCAGUUUGCUGUAUCACAUUCUUUGAAACUUAAUAGUUAUUUCUAUAGUAAUUAAAUUAUUAUUUAGAUAUAUCUCUAUUCAAGUAAUCAAAAUUAUGCCUGCUGGAGGAGCCUUAUUUGGUAGCUCAGCUGCUGGCCCAGGUUCUACUGGUGGAAAUAAACAUCUUAUAGAAGUGAGAGCUGGAAAAAUGAACUUAAAAGGGCGGAUGGUUUUGCCAGACAAACGCAAAGGUUUAUUAUAUGUAUAUCAAAGUGAUGAUUCUUUAAUGCACUUUUGCUGGCAAGAUAGAACUACAGGCAUUGUUGAGGAUGAUCUGAUUAUUUUUCCAGAUGACUGUGAAUAUGUAAAGGUUCCUCAAUGCACAACAGGCCGUGCUUACUUGCUAAAAUUCAAGUCAUCCAAUAAGAAAUUCUUUUUCUGGAUACAGGAACCCAAAACUGAUAAGGAUGAAGAUAACUGUAAAAGAAUUAAUGAACUGCUAAAUAAUCCAUCAAGUGCUGUACAAAAUACACCAAAUCCUGAUCAAGAUCUGCAGUCUCUUUUAAAUAAUAUGUCCCAGUCCCAGCUGAUGCAGCUAUUUGGCAGUGGAGUUGGUCAGAUUGGAGGAUUGUCUAGCCUUCUGGGAACCAUUAGAGGCCCAAAUAGUGGAAGUGCCCGUACUAGCACAACACCUGCUAUUACACACAGAACUAAUGUACCUACUACCCCCACACCAACACCAGGGACCAAUUCUCAAAGUAGCACUACACCUGCACCAGGAACUACAACCCCUCAGAAUCCAAUUCCAACGGUUACUCCUGAUGCUCCAAGGGUAAGAGGAAGUACCACAAGACCCCAAGAUGAGAGUUCUCCUUCAUCAUUUGCAAGUCCUAUUCAGUUGGCAGAUUUGCAGAAUUUUCUUUCAGGUCUUACUCCACCACCUGGUGCAGGAGCACCUGCUGCAGGAACUCAGCAGGCUCAAUCAGUUGAUUUAUCUACUGCUUUAACCAGUGAGAGUCUAGCAGGAGUUUUGAAUAAUCCAGAGACUCUUCAGCAAUUGCAGAAUCAUUUGCCAGCAGUUGAUGAAUGUACUCAUGAAGCAUUAAGAACUACAUUAGCUUCUCCUCAAUUUCAACAGGCUGUGUCCCAAUUUUCAAGUGCUUUAGAAUCGGGUCAGUUAGGUCCCAUUGUGUCUCAAUUAGCUGUCAAUCCAGAUGCAGUUGCAGCUGCAGCUCAAGGGAAUAUGGCUGAUUUUGUCAAAGCUCUGGAGAAAACUUCAAACCAGGGCGAAGGAGCUGCUUCAGAAAACAAGGAUAAGGAUAAGUCUGAGAAAAAAGAUGAUAAAAAGAAAGAUGAUGAGGAUCAAAUGCAGUUGGACUAAUUAGAAAAUAAAUAUUUUUUAAGUUACAAUGUACCACUAGUAGCUCUAUAUAAAUAUAAUCUAGCUGACUUAUUAUCUUUUUGAGCCUUAUUUCCUGUAUAAAUUAUGAUAAUAUAAAAUUAUACACUGGAUAGGAAAUCA